AUGAAUAAAGAGAUAGAAGAGUUUCUGAAACAACAUAACGAUUUUGUUUUUGAUAGCAAGAUUAAUAAAAUUAGAUGUGAAACAACUAAACAUGAGAUACCAUUGAGAUUAGAUCAACUAAAGAUUCAUUUAAAUUCAAAGAGUUACAAGAAUGCUAUUAUCGAUCAGUACGACUUUACUAAAUAUGCACCGAAUAUAGUACCUUCAACAUCACACGAGAGAAGAUUAUAUUGUAAAAUUACAAAGAAAGAGUUGAAUAAAGUACCAGAGGAGAUAGAGAGACACAUCAAUGGAAGACAAUAUAAAUCAAUCAUAAACGAAAGACUCAAUGGCAAGAAAAAGAGAAUCAAUCACGAUAAAGAUGCUGAAAACGAUGGUGCUGAAGGAGAAGAAGCCAGUGAUGACGAUGCUAUCUUGAACUUCAAUUCCGACAGUGAAGAUGAAGUUGAAAAUAAGCAGAAUGAAAAUGACGAUGACGAUGAUGAAAAUGAUGAUGAUGAUGAAGAUGAUGAAGAUGAUGGAGAAGAGGAUGAUGAAGAGAAUGAUGAAGAGAUUAACUCUGAUGAUGACGAAGACGAAGACGACGAUUCAGAUGAUGAUGAUGAAGAAGUAGAAGAUUUUGAAGGUUUUGAUCAUGAAAAAGAUAUGAUUAAAAGUGAUAACGAUUCAAGCAGCAGUAGUAGUAGUGACGACGAUUCAGAAGAAGAAGAAGAAAAAGCAGCAGUAAAAUCAAAAGCAAAAUCAAUUCCAAAAAGAAGCAACCAAGAACAAUCAAAUAAUAAUAAUAAUCAAAAGAAAAAGAAACAAAAGAAAUAA